AUGUUUACUAGGAACAAGGAUGUACCAGUAAACCACAGGGACUUCUGGUAUGCCACUUACACGCUGUAUAGCGUGUCUGAGACGGUGGAGAGCGAGGAGAGGCUCAGUGAUGCUGCCAGUGGAAGUUCUGGUGGAGAGCAGGCGUCCAGCAGCAGACAGCACACCAUGGUGUCCUUUCUCAAGCCUGUGCUCAAGCAGAUCAUCAUGGCUGGCAAAUCCAUGCAGCUCCUGAGGAACCUGGACUGCAAGGAGACAGAGCAGCCGGAUGGCUCCUCCAGAGAUGCCGAAAGAAAGAGUCUGUACACGCUCUUCUUGGAAUCAGUUCAGACACGUCUUCGGCAUGGAGAAGAGUCACCCACAAAUACGGUUACCAAGCAACAGGCAACUAAGAAGAGCCUGAUCAAGAUGCAGUCCAUUGUAGCACGUCAUCUGGAGCUGGAUGACAUCCAUGACCCCCUGCUGGCCAUUAAUUUUGCAAGGCUUUAUUUAGAGCAAAAUGACUUCCAUGAGAAAUUCUCUGGCGGCAAUGUGAUUUUGGACCGCUCCUCUGAGUCUGUGACAUGUCAGACGUUUGAGCUUACGCUCCGCUCCUGUUUGUAUCCACAUAUUGAGAGGAGAUACAUCGAAUGCUGUGGCAACCUCAUGAGAACCCUGAAGAAAGACUACAGGCUUCUGGGGUACUUGCAGGCCAUGAGAAACUACUUCCUUUUGGAGGCUGGGGAUACUAUGUAUGAUUUCUACACAGCCAUCUUUGACAAAGUUCUGGAGAAGGAGAGCUGGCAGCAGCUGGCUGCUUUAUAUUUUGGGCGUGUUUGCUUUAGUCUAGAUAAGAUCAGUGUUUGCAAAUCCUUGAAUGUCUCAGAUGGAAUGCAUGUGAUGUGA